AGUUCGACUUCGGAAUCGGUUCAGUUUGUUGCUGACGGCUCGACGCCGUACACACUUGUUAUUUCACAUGCGACCGACCGACAAAAGCGGAUCGACGGUAUCGACGCGAUUUUGAUGAUAUAGAAUAUAAUUUAUUAAUAAUUAUAAUAUUGAUCAUAAAUAAUACGCGACGCGUUCCCGGUGUCCGUCGUUCGGUCCGCCGUCGCCCGCGCACAGCUGCCGUCGUGGGGGUAGCACCGUCGUUUUUCUGGACGGCCCGCAGACGUCCGGUUGUCCAAUAAUCGCGGUCGGCCGUUCUGUGUCAACACGGUGGCAAACGACGCGGCCGGCAGCGACCGCCGCGGUGGUGCCGGACGUUGUCAUCGUCAGCGGCGCGGUCGGACGACCAACGGCGACUCGACCGGCGGGUGCGUUGGGUGUCGCCCGGACACGGCCGACGACCGAGCGGACGGCACGACGUCUAAGAAAAUCACGACGGCCGGCGGUGGACGACAACGGCGACGGUUUUACGACCGGUUUCACAACGGCGGCAAUAACAGCGGCAGCACGGGCGGCGGCAGUAGCAGUUGUAGUAGCGGCAACGGCGGCGGCGGCGGCAGCAGCAACAACAGUAUCAUGCACACAUUCCGGUUGCCGGAGUUCCUGAAAUGCGUCAAGAACUAUCUGAACAAAAAAGGUAAUAUAUAAUUUACUUAAACACGAUGAUGAUGGACGCACGGUCGGCCGUUAAUGGGAGGUGGUGGUAGUCCGUUGAGAAUACUCACGCCCGUGAUGGUGCAUUGUUCAAUGGGACAAACUUUUAGUAUGGGUCACCAGCGGUACCGUCGAACCAAAUAUCGCCAUAGCAACAUCAACAACAACAACGAUCACCCAGGGUUACAGUCCAGAAGCAGCGGCGGCGGCGGCGGCGGUGGAGACGACCUGCGAAUGACUGCCGAGACUUGUGGCGGAGGAGACCUGAUCCGGAUCACCGCUUUAUCCUCGACGGCCUUGCCGGGACCACAACCGCCUUCGUCCGCCAAAAACCACCAACACUAUGAUCCAGAGUACGCGAAAAUCGAAGCGUGGCUGGACGAACACCGAGACUUUGCCCACGAUUACUUCCUCAGAAAGGCCACCAGAAAUAUCGUGGACGCUUGGCUGGUGUCGCACGCUUCGGCCAGCAGCUGCGGUGCCGGAAACUCGGCGGCCACGCCGACCGGCAACGAGCGGCCGUCUUCGGUGGGCGCUUCCGGCGGUGCUGGAGUCGGCGGUAGCGGCACCACCACGCCGGUCCGGAAGAUAUCCGCACACGAGUUCGAGCGCGGCGGCCUCAAGCCCAUGGUGACCACGGUCGACGGCACGCCCACGUUUCUGGCGUAUGACCAUCCUGACGAGACGACCACGGCGCCGGUGGCCAGGAGGCGUUCACGGCACGAGCUCCGCCAACUCGACGAGAAGCAGCUUAUCUUCGAACUGGUGAAAGACAUUUGCAACGAAUUGGACGUGCGGUCGCUGUGCCACAAGAUCUUGCAGAACGUCAGCACACUGCUGAACGCCGACAGGGGAUCGUUGUUCCUGGUGCAGGGCGGCGGGCUCUCUGCGUGCCAGCACGACCAUCACAGACCAAUACCGACGGUCAAGCGUGUGUGCAGUCCCCGGAAGCCGCACGCCAGUAUCACGGUCGGAUGUCUGAGCAAAGACGACCAUUCCGUGGCCACCGCCGCCGCCGUUACCGCCACCGCCUCGGACGACGAAGUGGCAGCCGGCGAACAGCAGCGCCAACGUCACCAUUCUCAUCACGAUCAUGUUCCUCAACAACAGUCCAUCCAACCGGCCGAAGAAGCUGUGGUCGGCGCCCUGAUCGUCGGAUCUCCCAUCGGCUCCACCAACGUGGGUUCGUUGGCGCCGAAGCCCGUGGUCGCCCAGCCGUCGCAUUACCAGGGUUGUCAGUCCAAGUGUUUGGUGUCCAAACUUUUUGACGUAUGCUCUCGGUCCACGCUUCAGGAAAUGGAGAAGAAAAAAGAGAUUCACAUACCGUGGGGUACGGGCAUCGUGGGGUACGUGGCCGAAAGCGGAGAGCCUGUCAACAUACCCGACGCGUACAAGGACACGCGCUUCAACCACGACAUAGAUGCUCGUACCGGAUACAAAACACACAGUUUGCUGUGCAUGCCGAUCAAAGACUUCAACGGCGAAGUGAUGGGAGUGGCGCAAGUGAUCAACAAGAAAAACGCACCGUGCUUUACAGUAAACGACGAGAAAGUCUUCGCCGACUACUUGCAAUUUUGCGGCAUAGGUCUCAGAAACGCGCAGCUCUACGAAAAGAGUCAGUUGGAAGUGAAAAGAAAUCAGGUUCUGUUAGAUCUCGCCCGUAUGAUAUUCGAAGAACAAAGCACGAUCGAACAUAUGGUUUUCAGAAUCCUCACCCACACCCAAUCGCUGAUCCAAUGUCAAAGGGUACAGGUUUUGUUGCUGCACGAGGCGUCCAAAGCGAGUUUCUCGCGGGUAUUCGACUUAGAAGCCAACGACUUGCAGGGCAAAGACAGCGAGCGGACCAGCCCUUUCGAGAGCAGAUUUCCAGUGAACGUCGGCAUAACCGGUUACGUGGCCACCACCGGAGAGACGCUCAACAUUGCCAACGCGUACGAUGACCCUCGUUUCGACAAAUCGGUGGACCAGGGCGCCGGGUUCAAACACUCCACCGUGCUGUGCAUGCCCAUCAAAAACUCUUCGGGCCAAAUCAUCGGCGUCAUACAGCUGGUGAACAAGUUCGACGAUCUCGUGUUCACCAAGAACGACGAGAACUUUGUGGAAGCGUUCGCCAUAUUCUGCGGCAUGGGCAUACACAACACGCACAUGUUUGAGAAAGCCAUUAUAGCCAAUGCCAAACAAAACGUCACGUUGGACGUGCUCAGUUAUCACGCGUCCGCGUCGUUGGAAGACGCGCAGAGACUUAGGGCCCUGCAAGUGCCGUCGGCAGUCACGUACAACCUGUACGAUUUUUCAUUCGACGACAUUCGCAUGACCGACGACGACACGCUACUGGCGUGCGUUAGAAUGUUCCUAGACAUGGACUUUGUGGAAAGAUUUCACAUCGACUACCAAGUGAUGUGCAGGUGGCUUUUGAGCGUCAAGAAGAACUACCGGUCGGUCACGUACCACAACUGGAGGCACGCGUUCAACGUGGCCCAAAUGAUGUUCUCCAUAAUCACGGCGACUCAAUGGUGGAAAGUGUUUGGCGACCUGGAAUGUCUGGCGCUGAUCAUCGCCUGUCUGUGUCACGAUUUGGACCACCGAGGGACGAACAACUCGUUCCAGAUAAAAGUGUGUUCGCCGCUCGCCCAGCUCUACUCCACGUCGACCAUGGAACACCAUCAUUUCGACCAGUGUCUAAUGAUCUUGAACAGUCAAGGAAAUCAGAUAUUGGGUAACCUGUCGCCGGACGAGUACACCCGCAUCAUUCAAGUAUUAGAAGACGCCAUUCUAGCCACCGACCUGGCCGUGUAUUUCAGGAAACGAGGUACGUUCCUGGAGUUAGUCCGCACGGGCAUGUACGAUUGGACCCGGGAAGAAGACCGGGAGUUGUUGAGGGCGAUGCUGAUGACGGUUUGCGAUUUGGCGGCCAUCACCAAGCCGUGGGACAUCGAGAAGCGGGUAGCCGAACUGGUGACCAACGAGUUUUUCGAACAAGGCGACAUCGAGAGGAGAAAUUUCAACAUAACCCCCAUCGACAUCAUGAACCGAGAGAAAGAAGAUCAGCUGCCGAUGAUGCAGGUCGGGUUCAUUGACUCCAUCUGCUUGCCUAUAUACCAGGCUAUAGCUGACUUGUCGGAAAAACUAGAACCGCUGAUCGAAGGAGUCCGGCAGAACAAAAUCCACUGGCUCGAAGAAUCCAAACAGACCUAUCAUCCCCAGAGUCACAAGUAGACGAACGUUAGGUUUUUUUUUUUUAUACUAGUGGAACGCGUGCGUGUGUGUGUGUGUGUGUGUGUGUAAAGUAUUUGCGCAAACGAGUUAGAUUGCACUAAUAGAGCGACUGCUGAUAAUAAUAAUAAUAAUUAUAAUAUGUGAAUUAGAAGAAAAGCAAAUUUCUGCAUAACCAAUCUACCUAACUUCCUUCUCUCAUUACAUUUAUAAGGUUAUAAAAAAAAAAAAAAAACGAUAUAUAUUUACAUAAAUAGAUUGUAAAAGAAUAUAAAUGAUAUAUUGAAAACAACAACAUAAAAUAUAAUAUUGUUGUUGUUGUUUUUUUUAUUAUUAUUAAUAUAUAAUACGAUGAAUAUGUUUUUUAUUAUUCUCUUUUAAUUCGUGUUUAAUAUUAUAUAAACAAAAUAGUAUUUCCCCUGUGUUAUAGACCUGUGUAUAAAAACGUACAAUUACUUUCGUUGUUAAGAGUGACAUCCUUGUUUUGUUCUUGUAUUUUGUACCACCUACCUGUGUGUAUAUAUUAUUACCUUUUAUAUAAUUAUACAUAAUAGUUAUCGGUAUAUUGUUGUGUACGAUCACGUUUAUAAUAUUAUUUAUCGAUAUUAUAUUGUAAUGUAUUUUUAGGCCCAUACCAAUGCAAUGGUUUGUAUUCAACCAACGCCCGUCAUGAGGCAAAACAAUGAAAACGUUUACUAAGCUUUAUUUAUUAUGUGUACCAAUAUUAUUACAUGCGAAUAAGUUGUGUUUUUUUUUUUAUUUAAAUUAUUAUUUUAUUACGUUACGGCAAUAAAAUU